AAGUGACACGAUGUGAAUACGCUGUGACAAAAAGUGAGCAUUUUGGUCAAAGUCAGCACAACUGGCUAAAGUGAGCACAAGUGUCAGGGCGUAUCAGGGCGUUGUUUUUAUUUCUUGGCUGAACUAUUCUUGCAUUUAGUUUAGUGUUGGUCGUACGUUUGCAAAUUAUUUCUGUGUGAAUGUCCAGAGCUCAAAAACUGACCAAGUAAAAUGUUAUUUCAUAUUUUAUUACAAGUUGUCCUAAAUUUCUAGGAGGCUGAAAGUUCCGGCCAUGAACCAUAUUUUGCAUUAUAGACUGCAGGAAACAACAGUCAUUCAUCUAGCUGCUCAAGAUGCCAAUGCAGAUAAUAAUAUGCAAAUAUUUAUAGAUAUUUAUAAAAUGUAUUUUGUUUUUUGCUGAAGGCUCUGUAAACAAUCGUACCAACCUCCUCUGUCAUCAGAUGGUAUGCAAAACAUCACGUAUCCUGACACGGAGCCAAAGGGGGAUUUUCACAGCUACAACUGUGACCUGAAGUUAGUGAACAUAAAAACACAGUCCAACAGAGCAAGACAAAAAGCUGAGCUCAUCCUCCACCUGUCACAUCUCUGAUCGCUUGUACGAGUCUCAUGUCUCGCCUCGUGUCCUUUCAUUCAAAACGCUGCAUGCACAAAACAUCAGCAGCUGAAUGUAGUUCAACUUGCCUGCUUCACUCAUGAACUGUCCGCCACUUGACUAGCUCCUCUACAGCAAGCGGAGGGGUUGACGAGAGCGCUCAAGACUAUCACGUUCGCCCCUUCAACAGAUAUCAAUUCAAAUCUACUCUUACACUUCUUUUUUUACCCACUUGUCUUCUGUGCUGCUGUCAUGCAAUCUCUCCCUCUUACAUUUCUCCCUUUUGUUCUCUCCUGCAUCUCAGAAUGUCUCUCGCUACUGCUUGAGGAAUUUUCCUUCCUUUGAAUUUUGAUUCCUCCACGGUGUCUCGGCUCUCCUCCCGCCUUUUCUAAAACUCUCUUUUCCCCUUUUCUCUUGGUAUCUCUGCCUCCUUUUGUGCGUCUCACUGAUGCUCUCCUCCUCUCCCUUGAUGUUUCUUUUGGUUUCUUGAUUCGUCUCACACAAUCUAGCGCUGGUUUUGAUCUCACUAUGCCUCUUUCCCUCAGUCUUUCUCUUUCUUUCCCUCACACUGUCUCUUUCCACCUGGGUUGCCUGUAGAUCACAGUUGGCAUGUCUCUCAGUAAGCUGCAGAGUUACUGAGCUCCUUGAUUCAUUCCAGCUAUCUGGGUGACCCAUUUCUGCACAAACUCACACAUUUUAAUCCUGUGAAAUGAAGCACUAAUUCAACAAUAUACCUCAACAUGUGAUUCUUUCUUCUAAUCUUUAAAUUUAGCCUUUAUACUUUAAAGAGUACCACAGACGUCCACUGUGUAGGAGCAGGUCUCCAUACUAAACAGACAUUAAGCCAACCAAAACCCAAGCAGGAAAAUACAUUUUCCUUCAACCUCUGGUACCAGAUAAUUAAACUCCUGUCUUUGCCUGCAGGAGAUCAAUCACACUGGCACCAGAGCUCUGCUUACAGCAUAUAAUAUUCUCACUGGUGAAAACAUUACAAAGUUUCUAGCUUAUGGAAAGAGAAGGUUUCAUCUUAGUUGAAUCCCUUAACUUUAUACUCUAAGGAAACAUAAGUGAGAAGAACCUUAAGUUACACUAAAUAUGGGAUUACUCACCUGACGCACCCCCAAAAAAUAUAAAGUAUACAGAAGUAUCUCCUAAUAAAAUAGAUUAUAGGAUCAUUGAGUUCUUUCACGUGCAGGAUUUUAAUGAUAAAGCUAUUUAUAGGCAUUUUGCUUCAUAGUGAUGACAUGCUGCAAAGUUUUAUUUCACAGCAUAUAAGCUGCAGCAGCGGAGACUCCCAAGCUCCUGUACCCGAUUAAUACACCGAAACACAAUUAAGACAUACUGACCAUUGUUUGCAACUUGAGUGUGAGAUCCUGAGCUUUUUAUUCAUCUGAGGUCUUAGUUUCUCUGCUGAUAAACAUACCGGUACAUUUCUCCAUGAACAACAUUUAUUGAGCUCAUUAAAUGUUGUGCAUUGCUAUAACCGAAACUACCCAACUGAACACGAUAUAGCAUAUUAGUCGAGCACCACCUGCAGUUACAACAUUAAGAUGUUGCUUACACCUUACUGCAUCAAUUAUUUAGUGCUUCACUUCUUUACAAUGCCUGCUUUUACUUUGAUACUCAAGUUCAAUUUGCUGUUAAUAGGCCUACUUGCAUGCUGUACUUAAAUACAAUUAAGAAUGAGGAACUUUUACUUGUUCUAGAGUAUUUCUAUGUUGUGGUGUGACUUAUGUCACUUCUGUAUAAGUAAGAGUACUUCUUUCACCACUCGUUUAGUCCACCAGAUUCCAGUAGAGGAUAAAGACAAACCACAGGAUGUCACAUUAGAUGUUCUCAAACUCUUCCUUGCAACCUUAAUCUGAUGAGCUUCCUCCCUAUGAGGAGGAACACAACCUGAGACAGUGUCUCAUACCAGCUUUGUGAGGGUAAUGACAUUUCUGAACAGACUACUGUAUGUUAAACAUUAUCCCACUGUGCUCAUGGUGCCUGAAAUAACACUGAAUGAACUAUAAACAUUUUCUUUGCCUAAAAGGGACAAAAAAAAAAAAACUUCACCUUAAAGACCCCUCGUGGACCCAAGAACCCCCCUUUGGGAAGCCCUGAGAAAUAUUUGAAUAUUCUCCUAAUUGUCGCUAAUUGGGUGGCGGUAAGCAGACACCCCACCCACCACCCCUGACCUACUGCGAAGCAAAACGUCGCCGGAUCCACUCCACGUUUUUCUCUGCGCCCUUAUUAAGCGCCGUGUAGGUUAAGGAGAAUUAGAGGAAAUAACAAGGCACAACAAACAAGAAGGGCGUGUAGCAUAACAGGAAAACGUUGGUAUGUGCGGGCUGAAAGAGAUAAAUGUGACGGAAAACGAGAAAUCAGGACGCAUUUCUCUGCCGCUGCUGCUGCCGCGUUCCCGGAUCAUCGGUACCUUCAGCGGAGGAUGCUGCGUCUCUUGAGCCGCUGCUGUCUGCUCACCAUCCGCGCAGUCUCCUCAGCGGCAUCUCACCGUGAACAUUAGGCCUGAAACGGGUGGAAGGCGAUGCGUGAACAGGCUUUGGGGGAGCAGAAAGGUUGACUGAACAGCUGGAAGGUUUUCCCUGAGUUGUCUUUCUGCGAGGAUUUUCCUGCGCGCAGCCCUCUCAGUCGCAUCACUGCCGACUUCUGUGAGACGCAAAGGAGGAAAAAAAAAAAAUCGGACUUGAUCAUCUCCUCACUGGUGAAUUAUUUAGGAGUAUUUGUUCCUCAAGAUCAUAUGGUGGAGUCUUUGUCUAACACCCUCCGUGCAUGAUCUUAAAGCCGGGCUUGAAGUCGCGGUGACACGGAUGACAGCCGAUGGCCAGGCGCCCCAAAUUUCCUCAGAAGGGGGAUGCAACCUAAAAUAACCCCGGUGCCAAAUGGUGAGAGCAGAUUUAUGACCAGGAAUCAGUGCAAUGGCUAAAAACUGCAGUAAUGUGUCUGUUGGUCGUAACUGUUUCUCUCUAAGGUUUGCCUAUUUCACCUGAACUGUCGUUACUGCUGAAUUAUUCCUGCAGCUUUCCGCACAUCGCAAGCCGAGGGAGCCCUGAAUCUGUGACACCUACGGCUUCUCCGGAGACUCUCCCCCCUCCUGUCCCCCCCACCAUUCGGAGCCCGGACACGGGCGACUUUUUAAUGGCUUUUGUGUUCAGAAGAUGGAGGGUUUUACUGGUGCUGAACGUGCUUGCUGUUGCUGGGUUCAUGACUUUCUGGGCCAAGUGCAACACACGCAGCGUCCAAGCCGCCGGCCCGGAGGCUCCGGCUGACGGGAAGAGGCCCCGGGGUAACGGGACGGCGCAGGGGCCCGGCAUCAGCCAUGAGGUGCUGCUGAAGAGGCUCAGCUCGCUGGAGGACGUGGUGUACAGGCAGUUAAACGGUCUGUCCAAAUCUCUGGGUCUGAUAGAGGGCUUCGGGGGUCGGGGUAAAGGUGGCCUCCCCGCCACGCUGUCUCCAGCUGAGGAGAACGACGCUAAAUACCUGAGGGAGAAAUACGGCUACAAUGCCUACCUCAGUGACAGAAUCUCUCUGGAUCGGACCAUACCGGACCACCGGCCUGGCAAAUGCAGAAAGGUCAGCUACCCGAGAGACCUCCCCCAGAUCUCCCUCAUCUUCAUCUUUGUCAACGAGGCUCUGUCAGUGAUCCUGCGCUCGGUCCACUCAGCUGUCAAUCACACCCCGGCUCACUUGCUCAAAGAAAUCAUCCUGGUGGAUGACAACAGCGAUGACGAGCAGCUGAAAGGACCACUGGAGGAGUACGUGAACAAGCGCUACCCCGGCCUGGUGAAGAUCGUCAGGAACCAGAAGAGAGAGGGACUGAUCCGAGCCAGAAUCGAGGGCUGGAAGGUGGCCACCGCCGAGGUGACGGGAUUUUUUGACGCCCACGUGGAGUUCACCCCAUCCUGGGCCGAGCCGGUUCUGGCCAGAAUAAAAGAGGACCACAAGAGGAUUAUUCUGCCCUCCAUCGACAACAUCAAGCAUGACACGUUUGAGGUGGAGCGUUACGAGAACUCAGGCCACGGCUACAACUGGGAGCUGUGGUGCAUGUACAUCAACCCGCCCAAACAGUGGUGGGACGAGGGCGACAUAUCCGCUCCCAUCAGGACUCCCGCUAUGAUUGGCUGCUCCUUUGUGGCCAACCGGGACUACUUCGGCGAACUCGGCCUGCUCGACUCGGGCAUGGAUGUCUACGGAGGGGAGAACAUCGAACUGGGCAUCAGGGUGUGGCUAUGUGGGGGCAGCAUGGAGGUGCUGCCUUGUUCCAGAGUGGCUCACAUCGCACGGAUGAAGAAACCCUACCACAGUAACAUAGCUUUCCACACACGGCGUAACGCUCUACGUGUGGCUGAAGUCUGGAUGGAUGAGUACAAGUCCAAUGUCUACCUGGCCUGGAAUAUCCCCAUGGAGAACCACGGUAUUGAUUACGGAGACAUCUCUCAGAGGGUUGCACUGAGGAAGAGUCUGCAGUGUAAAAGCUUUGAGUGGUACCUCGACAAUGUUUACCCAGAGAUGAGGAGGUACAACAACACGCUGUUCUACGGCGAGAUUCGUAAUUCCAAAGUGAGCCACCUGUGUAUGGAUCAGGGCAUGAAGGAGAACCACACCGCCACCCUGCACCCCUGCCAUGGUUGGGGUCCUCAGCUGGGACGUUUCACCAAAGAGGGCCAGCUGUUCCUGGGCCCUCUGGGCAGCACCGGGGAGGACACUCGCUGUGUGGUGGAUGAUCAGAUCAGCAGCUUUCCUCAGCUCCUCAACUGUGACAAGGUGACCAACGUGAGGCAGAAGACAUGGCAUUUCUCUCAGAAUGAAUCCAUCAUAAAUCGAGCCACAGGACGCUGUCUGGAGGUGGUGCCGGCUAACGUUUACUUCGGCCACCUUCUGGUCCUGCAGCCCUGCUCCGGGCAGAGGUGGGCCAUCAAGAACACCAUGAAGCAGUAGUUGACGGGAUGAUUUCACUGGGACCAAUGACACCAGAGGCCAUUUUCAAGAGCUCGCGCCUGACCUCAGAUUGGCCGAGGGCGACUGAUGAGGCAGAGGCUCCUCGUCUUCUCAAGAAAAGACUGAGAUGGAUUAAAAGAGUGAACAUCUCAGAGAUAGAAGUUUUAUGAAAAAAGGUUGUUUUUUACAAACUGGACAUUCAAAAUGAUGCAAGUUUAGCAUGAGGACUGUUUUUCUCCAUCUGAAUUUGACGAACUUUCGAUGUAACGUUGCCAUAAAUCUUAUCUGUGCCACUUCUCUAUGCUGUGUUUAGGUUGAAGGAUGGAGAUCUGAUCAGCAAAAACUGUGUUCUGUCUUACGUGGGGAAAAAUUAGGUUUCAGUCUUCAUCCUCAAAAUGUUUCUGCAAUAAUUAUUUGAUCCUGUACCAUGUUAGGUCUUUUAAGAUGAAUAAAAGAAUAUAACACCUGGAAUUACAUUUUCAGUAAUAUGCACUGAUCAGAAUACUUUGGUAGUUUGUAAUAGGCUUCAUCAGUGGUUUGACAUUUUAUCUUAAGAUACCUGAAAAUGAAGGUGUGCCUACUGACGACAGGCAUAAAGUGAGCUAAACAUUAAUGCCCAAAAGUGUUUUUAUUUUUCUCUCAGAAGUCUAAACCCUGUAAAUAUUAAUAAUUUGAAGAAAAAGGCAUUAACAAUAAAUAUUACUUGGUGUAUUGGAGCCUAUUUUUUUGCAGUUAUUGUAAAUCAUGUCAAAAAUCACAUUGUCGAGGGCUACUGGGCUAAAUCAUGGUUUAAAUGUUGUGUGGAUGCAUUUGUCUUUUUUUUUUUUAUUAUUUUUACUCAAAGCAUUUGGUAGCACCAAAUGCAGUAGCCUACAUCUUGUAGCAUGAUUGUAAGUACUGUAUGCACAUGAGGACAAAGUUUAGUUGAGCUGAGCCGAUUUAGUCUGUCACCUGCUGAGUGCCAUAACUACUGCAGACGGCCAAAAGUAACAGGCUGCGGCCUGAAGCACUUUUUAGGACACAGAGAUGGAACUGCAGUGUCUGAGAGGAAGAUUGAAUCAGUAAUGGGAAAGUGUACGAGUACGUCAAUUGUGGAAAUGCUGGAGGCCUUCGAGGCUGGUAUUGUUAAUGUACUGAGAUGUAUAUGAUGUCAUAUAUUCAAUUAAUUCAAUGUUAUCAGUUCUUGCUCCCAAGAUUGUCUUCCAAUAAACAACUGGUUUCCUGAUUUUUGCACGGUUACUGUUUCUG